AAUGUACGUAAUAACAUCAGCACGUCAUAUUGUAAUAUUAGGGGGAUGAGGGUUAAAGUUAGAAACAGCAGUGUAGUAUUGGAUGGUUUACUAUAAUACGCGGAGGUUUUAUAUCACGGUGGUAAUAUAAUUUGUCAUAUGGGAAGGAGUAAGGCGGCGUGUUUGGUUCUUUUGAGCCAACACGAUCGCCAAUUGCAUUAAAUUUAACAAUAAAUAUAAUAUUAAAUAAACAAAUUAUUCAAGUGUGAUAUUUUGUUAUAAAUAAGAUAUAAAAAUAGCAAGAAAAUACAUCGUAUUAUCAAGGUAAACCAACUUUAUUAUCAACAUUUAAAAAUGUACGUACAAAUAAUCAACAAAUACAACAUACUGCAUCAUCAAUUAUUUAUUUAUCCUACAUCGCACAUUAGAUCGAUCUCAUUACACCAAUUCAGUGCGGUAAAAUUCACUAAAUAUCAGCAUAAUUUUAACGCACGCUUGCCAAGUUUUAAUAUAUUAAAUAUGACCUUAAGGGUAAUAUGUUGCUAGGAGGAGAGAGAGAGUGAACAUGGAGCAACAUAAUUGACCCAGUAACAAACUUUUUUUCAACAAAGAAAAAAAAACCUUUGCACAUUUCAACUGCUUUUAUUUUAACACAUAUUAAAAAUCAUUUUUCUUUGGCUUUAAAUCCUUAUAAUUAUAACUUAUAAAAUUAUUUGUAUAAUAAUUUUUAAAAAUAUAUUACAACUGUAUCGAUCGUUGGAAAUUGCAUCAGUGUUCCAAAUAAAUCGAUGUAAAAAAAAAAAAAAAAAAAUGCAUUUAUUUUUUGCUAAUAUGAAUAUAUAUAUUUUCUAAAAAUAAAAUAAAAUCUAGUAUUUUAAAAAAUGUAAUUUUUUUCCAGAUAAAAAUAAUAUUAAUGCAUAAGAAAAAAAAAAAAAAAAGUCAAUGAAAUAUUGGAAAAAAUAAUGAUGUGAUUGUUUAUGUUGAGUUUUUGUUAAAAAAAUAAUUUAUUUUCUGAAAAUAUGGCAUCUUGUAAACCACCUGAGAUGAUGUACACGUGUGAAAUAUGUGGCCUUGAGGGUUUUAAUGAUGAAGAAAUGCGAUCGCACAUGGUGCUGUAUCAUCUACAGGGUGCAGUUAAUUGUCCAUUUUGUGAUCUUGUUGAAAUAUCACCAGCUAAAAUGCUGAUACAUGUGAACAGUGCUCAUCUGGAAUAUUUAACACCCAGCACACCUGAUAAUGACAUGAUGGCAUUCAUUGAUGACGAUUCAUUGAUGGAUGAUUCGUUAAAAGAAGACGAACCCCAAGAAAUGUCUUCAUCGGGAAUGCUUCAUCCGUCUUCUUCGUCAUCGUUUCACAAUGGCUGGAAUAAUCAAUCUUGGAAUAAACGUCAUUGUGAUGGUUUGUCAAAGAAAGUAGAUCCUGUCAAUUGUAAUAAUAACAAUAACAACAACAACAACAUUAACAAUAACAACGAUGACGAAAAAGAUGUUGAUGUUAGAGAUAAUUAUUAUAAUAAUUCAACAAAUGCAGCUGGACAUGGUUCACCUCUUCGUACAAGUUUAAAUCUCAAAUUAAAUUCGUGUACCUCGUCAAAACCACUACCAAUUUUGGAUUGUCCAAUGUGUCCUUACAGUUCAAAUUGCCCUGAACGUCUUCAAGAGCAUAUUAAUAGACAACACUUUGAUUUGACAUCACCAUCAUUUCCACCAGAAUCAUUGACUGAUUGUAAAGACAAUGUUAAUGAUAAUAAUGAUAUUUUUAAUUGUCCUCUUUGUAUAAAAUCAUUUAAAGAUGCUUCAGAACUUGAAAUUCAUGUUAAUAUUGAGCACAAAGAUAUUCUUAGUCCUUCAAAUGGCUCAUUAUCAGCUCAUUCAGAUACAAUACCAGAAUUUAUACCUGAAAGUGUCAUACCAACUUGUCCAGUAUGUUCAAGCACAUCAUUUUGUACACAUGAAGAAUUAGAACGUCAUGUUGAAGAACAUUUUAGUAAAAAUCGUACACCAUCACCAAUAACACCUGAUUCAUCAUGUGAUCGUAUGUUAGCUCGUGAUAUGGAAAAACAAGGAAGAGAAAGAGAUAAAGAAGUUAUGAGAUUACGAGAACAAAAAGAAUUCGAAUUAUUAAGAGCACAAUAUGGUAUGGAUAAUCAAGGUAAUUUUCGUGAACAAAGUGUUACAAAUAUGCAAAAAGCUGUAUUUGCUGGUGAAAUGAGUGUUUCUGAUUAUUAUGAAAGACAAAUUGAAUUAAAAGCUGCUGAACAUAAUGGUAUUGAUGAUGGGCGUUCAUCUACAAAAGGAUUAGUGCCAAGCAUCAAAGCAGUAAGUCAAUCAAGUAGUAAUGUGAUAAAUACAUGGAUGUGUUCAACUGUUGAUCAUUAUGCCUCAACCUAUGGUGAUAAAGGCUGGGGAUGUGGUUACAGAAAUUGCCAAAUGUUAUUUUCUUGUCUUCUUAGACAUAAUGGCUAUAAUGAUUUACUUUAUAAAGCAUGGUCAUUAAUUGGUGGUAAUAAUAGUGGUAAUUAUACUGGUGAUAAUCCAUCAAGAAGUGCCUUACCAUCACUUUCACGAUUACAAAGAAUGAUUGAAUUUGCAUGGUCACAAGGUUUUGAUGCCCCAGGUGCUGAGCAACUUGGUAGUAAAUUAGUUAAUACAAGAAAAUGGAUUGGACCAACUGAAGUUGUUACAUUGCUAUCUAGUUUACGUAUAAAAUGUAAAAUGGUUGAUUUUCAUCGACCAACUAGAUCUGAUGGAUGUCAUCCAGAAUUAUUUAAUUGGGUAUUACAGUAUUUUCAAAAAAAUGAUGAUUUUAAACCACCACUUUAUCUUCAGCAUCAAGGUCAUAGCAGAACAAUCAUGGGUGUUGAACAGCUCAAAGAUGGUUCUAUAAUAAUGUUGGUACUUGAUCCAAGUCAUACACCAAUGCAAAUGAAUCAGUUUAAUGCAACAAAUACUGCAUCUGGAGCAAUGAGACUCAUUAGAAAAUCACCAGCUGCUAUGAAAGCUAGACAGUAUCAAAUAGUUGCUGUUGUUGGUACCAUUGAUUCUGAAUCAAGCUAUCAACUCAGUAAAGUUUUGCAAUCUGAUAGAAUUCCCAAUGACAGAUGAAACACAGCUGGACUUGUAAUAAAAAAUAUAAUUUUUACGAUCAAAUUAAAUUCAAAUCUUAAAAUAAUUCAAAUUGAUAAUAAGAAAAAAAAAAAGAUGAAAAUAUACAAGCAGCAAAUUAUUUAUCUAACCAGUGAAAAAAAAAAAAAAAAAAAUGCCGACAAUUAUUUUGCUCAAUAUUUUCAAAAAUUUACUAUAAAUAUUUCGAGAUAUAACGAAUAAAUUAGAAAAAAAAAAAAAAUUGGGCUUCCCAUCGUGGCUGGACUCGAAGGGGCCCACAAUAAUUCAUAUUGAUUUAUAAAAAAAUAAAAAAAAAAAUAAAAAUCUUUUUCUUAUAAACAAAGUUCAAUGUUUUUUAUCUUAGUAUAUAAAUAAAUUAACUAAUUCAAUAUUAUGAUAGUUAAUUAACAAAGUAUUGAUUAGUUCAUCACAAAUAAUUAAUUGUUUUUGAUAAAUUGAAUAAUCAUUGAUAUUAGCAAUAAUUGUAGCAUCACAUUGUCUCGCAAUAUUUAUCAUAAAUUAACACAUUUAAAAGUAACAAUCAUCAUUAAUAUAAAUAUUUUUGAAAUUCAUAAAACAAGUACAAGUACCCACACCAAUUAUCCUAUUUUUUGUUUUUCAAAGUUUCUUAGAAACGAUUUUAACAAAAAAAAAAAAAAACAUUGUUGUUUUAAAUAAAUAUUUAUUCUUAUUAUAAUGAUCCUGUAUAUCCUAAAAGUAUCAAACUGAAUUCCAUAUUGUUAAAUUAUUUUUAAAAAUUACGAUAAAACUGUAAUAAUAAAAAAAAAAAAAAAUAUUAAUUACACCAA